AGGUGUGAGGGCGCAGAUCUUGGAGGUGGCUCUGACUGAAGAUACAGAGAGCUAGCCAAAAGAAGAAACAUGCAAAGGAGAAAUAUGAUCACUGGUGCAUCUUUCGCACGAGCUUCGACGAGUGCGUUCCUGAUGACAUCUCAUCAAAUGGCGUCGAUGGCUGAUUCGGUGCAAUAGAUGGCUUUUUUCGUUUGCACGGAUUGGCCAUCCGUCGAGGAUUUAGGCUGGCGGUGAAUCAGGCCACAAAUAGAUUCUCGAACAGACGGAUGGCGCGGACGAUUGUCUUGGAUGGAGAUUUCGCCAUGAGACAACCUCGCCGGUACCUGACGAAAGGCAUUACGAGACAUCAUCAGCCCCUGUUCGCGAGUCCAGACCUCCUUGGAAGAGAUCCGCUGCCCAGAUACCACCGUCAUUCCCGAUGCAACCGUCUGAUAGAGUGCUGUCCCGGUGCAAUUUCAUCCCCGGCAUCAACAUCGGUUAUCCUAGCACGAGCGGAGUUCAUGUAUCUCUCUAGCCUGUCGAGGCUUCCAUCGUGCCACUGGCCAGCUGCAGUUACCCAAUGUCAGGUCCAUGACGCAAACCCGAGAGGCAACAGAGUAGAACGCGUUUUAGGGACUCCUGCGGCCAUGUGGACGUCUGUCAUUGACACCACAUCCAUAGCUUAUUGAGUCCGCGAUCGUCCCUCAUGCAAACAGAUGGACCCGAUGCGCUGGGGAGCAUACGCCAAAAAAGGGGCUAUGGAUCCACGAAACC